AAACAUUUCAUUAUCAUUUUAAAGGAUACCUCGAAAAAAGAUAAAUUUUAAGCCACACUAACCUAACAAUACUCCCAAUAUAUAUAAGCUUCUACAAUUAACUUCAUUAAAACAUCAAAUAAAAUGGCGAAAAUGUAGCAAACAUGGCACAUGUCCUGCGACCAAGCAAAAACAUUCUUCAUAAAAAUCGUGAUUAGGACGUGUUGUACCCAAACGCGCUAAUGCAGACGAUAUGGGCACAACAUGGCCUCAUCACAGAUACUACAAUUCGAUAACACAGCAACUACAUCAACAAUUACAACAAAGGCAACUAUCACACAAUCAACUAUCGAACAAAUUAACGGAUUCAAAUCCGGAACUUUCGAAAUACUAUCGAAAUCUCAACAGCAACAACAGCAACAACAACAAAUCCUAUAUUUGCUUGAAAAGCAAAGCAAAGAAUUGCUUGACAUCGGCCGGAAGCAAUUUGCUGAAAAAAAAUCGUCAUUGCCAUCAAAGCCCAGCAGCAAGAAUAACAUUUCUGCCCAAACUGAAAAACUGGAAAACAAACAGGCACACUCUUCAAGCAUCAUUACAACUGCCACGAUUGCAUGUGACCCUGAGGAGCAAAAGGAAACAGAAAAGACACAGCACAGAACAAAACAUCAUCAGAUUACACAAUUACAACAACACCAACAACUACAACAACAACUACAACUACAGGAAGAAGAACGGGAAAAGCACCCACAAUUUCAAAAGGAAAGAAAACCAAGGAAUAAUAAUAUAUGCGAGGUUUUCACCGUUGAAACCGUUGAAGCAACAUGGAAAACUGUGUCAAAUUCUACACCUACGAAAUCGACACAGGAACACAAAUAUUUGCAACAAAAGCAAGCAGAAUGGAUGCAACUACCAACACAAAGCACAGAUGAUGCACAGGCAUCCGUGUGGCACCUCGGAAAAAACGGAUAUCAGAAAGGUACGCAUUACGGAAAGCAUGCAACACAAAUACAACAGCAACGAGGAAAAGAAAACAACCCAAAAAGGAUGCAAGCACAGGAUAACACAACAAGUGAUUAUGCACUCAACAUCAUCAACAAUAACAAGAACAACAACAAUAACAAUGACAAACAUAUUGCAAACACAAAUGAAACAAUGUUGGAUUCCUAUACAAAGCAAGCAACAGCAGCUAAGAGCAACAGCUGCAGCACUGAUUUUAAUAAACUACAAAAAAAUGGUGCUCACAAAGAAAGAGAAAACGCAACUGUCAACAACAAAACAAUUAAUAAUACUGUUUACGCAACCGCCUCAAGCCAUUGGCCGGUCUGCUGUUGUUGCAAAACUACUGCUAAAGACAGCAACAAAUUUACUACAGGGAUACACGUAUCGCAUAAGCAACAAACUGCAACACAAGUCUCCUUAUACAAAAGCUGCCAAAAUUUUGCAACAUGUUGCCGAGCAACUGUGCAUGCAAGCGAGCAACAUGCAAUUAAUAAACAAUCACUUAAUGCUUCCAGAAAUCGCAAAACCAAUGCAAACUGUAAUGCCAGAACAGCAGCCGCAAAUGUUGCUAAGCAAUCAGCAACAUCAAGCAACACAAAACCAAAUACAACUUUUAUAUCGAAACAACGAACAUUUUUUACAGCAACUAAUGACUGCAACAAUUGCCAAAAACGCGAAGAAUCUAUUGACAAUGGAAGAAAAACUGACGAGGAUAGCAAUCGCACGAGACCUUUGUCUACACUACAAUUGGUUACUGAGAAAACUUUCAAUAUAUUUUCGGAUUUGCAAAAAUUUGGACGCGCUCUUUUCUCACUUCUUAUCAUCUUUAAUAUGCUGCCUCUAUUUUAUGCAGUGGCGUCCAAUGUUGACGCCGCUGAAUUAAGAAGCGAUUUAUAUUCAGAACCUCAGACGUGGAUACCAGUGGUGGCAUAUCUGGAACCUCUGCCGAGACCAACCAAAUCGCCAAAAUGCGAUCAAACUUUCGUUUCACGUAUUGGUGGCCCCCAAAAUGGCACAUUUUCUGCUCCGCUCUUGCACAAUCACAAAAAUCAUUCACGUCAAUGUCUCUAUACUUUCCUAGCAGGACCUGGCCAACGAGUUGAAGUAAUAUUUACCUCAUUCAAUUUAAGAGGGAGUCCACCUGACGGCUCGGCUGUUGGUGAAUUACCAAAUUGUGUUCAUGAAUACAUGGAUAUAUAUUCCGAAGUGCAGUCGUCUGAUCCAGCUGAACUGAUAAACUCACCAUUUGGUGGGCGUUAUUGUGGCACAAUACCGCCACGGCGUCGUAUUUCCAUGUAUCGCGCAAUUGCCAUCUCUUUUUUUACUAACAAAAACAUAACAAUGCCUGAUUUAUUCGAAGGAACCUAUAGAUUUAUAAAUGCAUCGGAAUAUGAAAUUGGUAUACCAAUUGCGGGUUCACCAUGUUCCUACACCAUCACGCCUAGCAUGAGUAUUAACAAAUCUGGUGCUUUAAUAUCGCCAACCUAUCCAGGUGCUUAUCCAAAGGAUAUGUCAUGCACAUAUCAAUUUCUUGGCGAAACAAAUCAAAGAGUUAGACUAGAAUUUCGCGAUUUUGAUCUAUUUUUUGGUGGACCACACUGCCCAUUUGACUAUGUCAAGGUGUAUGACGGUCCUGACAAUUCGUCAGCAUUAAUCGGUACAUAUUGCGGACAGCAAAGAAAUUUAGUUUUAUACUCAAGCGAAUCGAGCCUUUUUGUUCAUUUUUAUACGUUACCAAGAACCGCAAAUACGCAAAAUCGUGGCUUUAAGGGAAUUUAUGAAUUUAGCGAAAGUUUUGUUAAAUUAGAUUUUAUACGUGAAAACGAUGGCAUUCACAUACGUGGCUCAGAAUGUGACCAAAAGAUAUUAUCGAAAAAGGAAUCAACUGGUUUUGUGCUUUCACCAAAUUAUCCUUAUCCGUAUAUACAAAAAACAGUAUGCAGAUAUUUCAUAUAUGGCAUGCAAGAUGCUCAACACUUGGAACGCGUGCGUUUAGAGUUUAUGGCAUUCAAUAUACCAAAGGUGGAGCACAAGGAUAAGAGCGAGUCCAACUGUAGUGAUGGUUACUUAAAGAUAUAUCUCAAGGGUCAGGAAACUGCAGAUGCAUAUGAUAAAUUCGACUACGAACUCUGUGGUAAUGAAACACAGCGUGUUGUUAGCGAUGGACCACGUUUGGCAAUGGUUUUCAGUUCAGGCGAGCUGCAAGGACGUGGUUUCAAAGGAAAGUAUACCUUCGAAACGGAGUAUAAAAUACCAGGUACUGCUGCUCCAGAUGGCACAUGCAGUUUCACAUAUGUGAGCAGUUCUAAGAAACGCGGUGAAUUAAACAGUCCACGUUAUCCAUCCAAUUAUCCUUCAGAGACAAACUGUUCGUAUUUGUUCUUAGCAGAACCCAAUGAACAAGUAACAAUUGUCUUCGAUCAUUUUAAAGUAAAAGCAGAUGGAAAUGCAAAUGCAACAGUCGGCGCCUACGGCUCUGGUGCAUGCUUUGAAGACUGGCUGGAAAUGUAUGUUGUCUAUCGUGACAAUAACGAUCGUUUUCUUGGUCGCUAUUGUGGUUUCACAGCACCCGGCCCCGUUGAGAGCCCAAGGGGUGCGGUUGGUCUGCGCAUCACUCUUCAUACAGACCAGGAAAAUGUUGCCAGUGGCUUUAAAGCGCGUUAUUUCUUCGAAGCAGCCAAAUCUGAUGUUGGCGAUUGCGGUGGCAAUUUCUCGAAUGAAGACUCUGGCAUUAUACUGUCGCCCAAUUAUCCGGGCUAUAAAGCACCAAGCAAAGGUAUGGCAUCAAUGGCUUGCAAUUGGGUAAUGACAGCACGUCCCGGUUAUAAGCUAUCUAUAAAUUUUGAAAUUUUCUCACUAGAAGGCGACCCAGCAAAUCGCGGUUGCCCAGCAGCUGUUUUACGUUUAUGGGUAAAUGUCGAUUCAGAUCAACCACCAUUGGAAUUGUGUGGUGAAAAACCACCAGCGGAACCAUGGCACUACAUAUCCACAGGACAAACUGCACGUAUAAGUUUCACAACCAGCGAUAAAACCGUUGGUGCACCGGGCUUCCGUAUUGUAUGGACUGAAAUCCAAGAUUCUGGUCCAGGACCUCCAUCUAUUGGAUUACUUUGCGAAUCAACAUUCCACUUUCAAUGUGAAGUUGGAUACUGUAUUUCAGAUAAAUUACGUUGCGAUGGCAUUAAAAAUUGUGGUCCUGGUGAUGAUUCGGACGAAAUGCACUGUAUCACGGAAGCGCCCGAGGAGGAUCACGGCGUACUAAUUAUAAUAGCACUAGUCGGCGGCUCGUUCCUAAUUUGUCUCCUAUGCACACUUUGUCAAUCCAGAAGAAAACGUAGAAAUCAUAUCAGACAAUUGGGAUUGCAUCGGAAUACACGCUUCGAUUCACAAACAAGUGCAACGGUAGGUUUAAGUUCUAGUCGUCGUCAUUUACAAGCCGGUGGCAGCAUGUCCGGCAGCUUGCAUGGCAUCAACAGCGGAAACCUUAUAAUACCCCCAGCUCCAUUACCGCCAACCAGCGUACCACCACCGCCGCAUAUAUGCAUUGCCGGUGUAGACAUUGGCGGUGGUCUUAUGCUGAAUGGAGAAGAUGACGAUGACUUAGAUGACGACGACGAUGAUGUGCAACGUGAAAUUUUUAUAAACGAUCUGUGUGAUGAGGAAAACAUGGAAAAUAUCAAUCAUCAUCUGGAAAAUGUUUAACGACACGUUAACACUGCUGACGAAAGAAGAAAACCAAACCGUUCGCAUGCGUUAUUGUAGUUAAAUUAGUAAAUAAAAAAUAAAAAAAUAUUCAAAUAUGAUUUUAAUAUUAAAAACAAAUCAAGAAUAUAAUAGAAACUUCCUAACAUAAAAAACUGCACAAAUAAUAAACAAAAAUAAAUAUAUAUUUAAUAUUGAAAGGAGAUUUUAAAUAUUAAAUAAAAAUAUAUAUAAUAAAAAUAAAAAUAAAAAUAAAAAUAAAAAUUGAAACAAGGAAUUGCAGCUGGGCGGGUUAAGGUGUGAGAGGAUUUUUUCAAAAUUUAGCAUACAUCUUAAUAAACAUAAAUAUUAUAUGUUUUUAAGGUAAAUUAAUUUAUAUGAUAAAUAAAUUGUAAGCAUUAAACGAGCAUAAAAUGAAAAUGAAAAUAAAAAUUUUAAAACUGCAAUUUUUAGGAAUUAUAGGUAUAGAGAGGUUAUACACAAUACAUAAAUAUAUGUGAAAUAUUAUUUUUGGGAAAUAAUAUUUGGGAAAUGUAUUUCAAGAGUUAACAAAGAAAGUAGACAAAAAUUGCAAAACAAAGAAAAAACUAAAUAUAACAAAAUAUUAUAUAUAUGAAAACAAAGUGAAAGUAACAUAAAAUAAAGCACUUAUAAAAUUCAGUCAGUGAAGAAUCGUUAUUAUAAAUAAUAUAUAAUAAAUAAUAAAAUAAUAAAAAUAAUUAAACAUUAUACAUUUUUAAUACGCAUAAAACCAAAAAAAAAAAAAAUGAC